AUGGCGGAGACGAGGAGUAGGCGUUUGAAUCCGGUGGAGGACUUCAAAACCAUGGAAUUCGAAACAUCUGAGGAUGUGGAUGUUUUGCCCACUUUCGAUUCUAUGAACCUUAGAGAGGAUCUUUUGCGGGGGAUAUAUGCCUAUGGUUUUGAACGUCCAUCCGCGAUCCAACAGCGAGCAAUUAAGCAAAUUAUCCUUGGACGGGAUGUGAUUGCGCAAGCCCAGUCCGGAACAGGGAAGACGGCAACGCUGGCAAUAGCUUCGUUACAGGUUCUUGAUAUUCAACUUCGCGACACUCAAGUUCUCAUCCUCUCACCCACGCGCGAACUUGCUCUGCAAAUUCAAAAGGUUAUUUUGGUUCUGGGAGACUUUAUGAACGUCCAAUGCCAUGCAUGCUAUGGAGGUACUAAUGUUGGUGAAGACAUCAAGAAGCUUGAUUAUGGUCAGCAUAUUGUUUCGGGCACACCUGGUCGUGUCUUUGAUAUGAUUAAAAGGCGAAAUCUUCGUACGCGAACUAUCAAACUCUUGAUUUUGGAUGAAGCUGACGAGAUGCUUGACAAAGGCUUCAAGGAGCAAAUUUAUGACGUCUAUCGCUAUCUUCCGCCUGGAACUCAAGUCGUUCUUUUAUCCGCUACUAUGCCGCACGAUAUUCUUGAAAUGACUUCAAAAUUUAUGACUGAUCCUGUUCGCAUUCUCGUUAAGCGCGAUGAACUUACCUUGGAGGGUAUCAAGCAAUUUUUCGUAGCAGUGGAGCGAGAGGAGUGGAAAUUCGAAACACUCUGUGACCUCUACGAUACUCUAACCGUCACUCAGUCCGUCAUAUUUUGCAACACUCGUCGGAAGGCUGAGUGGCUGGCCGAUAAAAUGCGCAAGAGUAACUUCACCGUCACGGUAAUGCAUGGUGAUAUGGUUCAGAAGGAGCGCGAGGAAAUUAUGAAAAAUUUCCGCAGCAGCGAGAGUCGCGUUCUGAUCACAACUGACCUCUUGGCCAGAGGUAUAGAUGUUCAACAGGUUUCCAUGGUCAUUAACUACGACUUGCCAAAUAACCGUGAGCUUUACAUUCAUCGCAUUGGGAGGUCGGGGCGGUUUGGACGCAAAGGUGUUGCCAUAAACUUUGUGAAGAAUGAAGAUAUUCGCAUUCUGAGAGACAUUGAGCAAUACUACUCUACUCAAAUCGAUGAAAUGCCAAUGAAUGUUUCCGACUUGGUUUGA